CCGCUUGCCGAUCUGCCUGUGUUAGCUUCGAGCUCUACACACUCUCUCGUUGGAACUCUCCCGGCAGUGCUUUCUAGCACGUGAACGCCGUGUACAUCUUAGGAACUCCGGCUCGGCCGAUUCUUGCUUCUCGCGCCGACAGCAAGCUAUGAGUUCACCACUCAAAUACGAUCACCAUGUUGGGGAGGACAGACACGUGGUGCGGGACGAUGCCUCGACGGAAGAAGUAGGAGUGGUGAAACAGCAGGAAGUUUACGCCUUCGAUGAGUCGCGCAAGAUUGGUGUCACCGGCGCUGUCUUCCUAAUCCUCAACAAGAUGAUCGGUACCGGUAUCUUCUCAACUCCCUCCGGUAUUUUCCAAUCGACCGGCUCCGUCGGCGUCGCCCUCAUGCUAUGGGUCAUCGGCGGUGUUCUGACCUUUUGCGGUAUGAGCGUAUUCCUCGAAUUCGGCCUCGCCAUCCCCCGAUCCGGCGGCGAGAAGAACUACCUCGAGCGUGCUUACAAGCACCCCAAAUACCUCGCGACAUGCGUUCUCGCCUCGCAGAUGAUUCUCCUCGGCUUCUCGUCCGGAAACUCCCUCGCCUUCGGCCGAUACAUCCUUUUCGCAUCGGGAUCCGAAUCACCGGAUGGUUGGACCGCCCGCGGCAUCGGUAUCGCCGGCGCCACGUUCGCUGUUGGCAUCCACGCCAUUACACCCAAAUGGGGUAUCCGGUUAUUCAAUGUCCUCGGAGUAUUCAAGGUCAUCGUACUGCUCUUCAUUGUCUUUUCCGGGUUUGCUGCACUAGCCGGUCGACGUCGCGUGCCGAACCCCCACAACUUUGACAACGCUUUCCGCAUCGAAGAGGGAGAGGGCUACGGCAACGGUGGUGUAUAUGGAUACGCGACUGCUCUUCUUCGCAUCAUCUACAGUUACAAGGGCUGGGAGAACGCCAACUAUGUUGUGGGCGAGCUGAAGAACCCGCGCAAGACUCUGGCUAUCGCUGCACCCCUGGCUAUCGGCGGUGUGACUAUUCUCUACGUCCUUGCCAAUGUUGCGUACUUUGCCGCCAUCCCCAAAACCGAGCUCGCCACCUCAGAAGUCAUCGUCGCAGGUGUCUUCUUCCGCAACGUCUUUGGCAACAGUGCCGGUGCCAGAGCUCUUCCGGCGUUUGUCGCCAUCAGCAACUUGGGAAAUGUGCUUGCUGUCAGCUUCGCCCAUGCUCGUCUCAACCAAGAGUUGGCAAAGGAAGGCCUCCUGCCAUUCAGCACAUUCUGGGCAUCCAACAAGCCGUUCAAUGCCCCGGCCGCAGCCCUUUUCCUCCACUGGACUGUUACGGUGAUUGUUCUCGUUGCGCCUCCCGCGGGACCUGCUUAUAACUUCAUCACAGACCUUUACACAUAUCCCGGCGCAUGGAUCAACGCAUUUGUUGGAAUUGGCCUUCUUUACCUCCAAUGGAACAAGAGGGAGAACUGGACAUCACCUUGGCACACCUACUUCCCUAUCACCGUCCUCUACGUCUUGGCCAAUGUGUUUCUCUGCAUCGUUCCCUUCAUCCCACCCACAGGAUCUUGGACCGCAGAAGGCUACCCGUACUACGUCUUCCCCAUUGUUGGCGUCGGUGUGCUCCUUCUUGGUGGUGUGUACUGGGGAUUCUGGACCAAGAUCUUCCCCGCCAUCGGUGGCUAUAAGAUCGUGGCUGAAAGGACGUACGACCAGGAAGGUCACGAGGUUAUCCGAUACCGCAAGGUCAGCACGAAGCAUGGUCACUCGGGGCCGAUCGAUUAAGUCCUUGACCAUUUAGGUUAUGCCGAGUGCCAUGACUGCACAUAGCAGUGGCUGUCCACAAGAUUAGAACUAUUUAACUUACCAGCAUAUACCCAAAUUUACAAAUGAAC